AUGGCUGUGGAUGCCCUCGUCGAGUCCAUAACCACAUACCGCUGUCUACCUCUUUGGGCUCAUCUCUAUGCUGUCCCAUUUGGAGUCAUUUACGCGUGUUGGUUUUAUAUUUGGAUAUCUGUCUAUGACUUUAAUGAAUACUACGAAUUGGGCCUGAUUGGAGUGGCCAUAAUUGGCUUGGUACAAGCCCUGCUUAUUCUGUUCUGUCAUUGGUUUGUCGGAGUUAAGUGUGCGCUCAGUUGUAGCGAUUCUCUCAAGGCAACUCAUUGUAAAGUUGUUCCAACUCCUAACAAUGGAUGGUCAGAACUUGUCCCUCUUAGACGAACCCAGGCGACGGGAAAGUCGAAGUUUUGGUUUGAGUUCCAAAAAGUGCAUUAUACAUUGGAUGAGGCAUCAAACACCUUUAAUACAGUUGUGUUUGAUUCAUACAGACCUAUGAAGUACUACCAGCAGUCCAGAGGAGUUGAAAGCGACGACCAACUAGAGGAGAUCAGUUAUCUUCUAGGAGAUAACAAGACUGAAAUGGUGAUACAGCAGUUUUGGGAUCUGUUCAAGGAACGAGCGACAGCGCCGUUCUUCGUAUUUCAGGUGUUUUGCGUGGGACUUUGGUGUUUGGAGGAUAUGUGGUAUUAUUCUGUAUUUACUUUACUGAUGUUAAUGACAUUUGAAGCAACACUGGUAAAAGCGCAGUUAAAGAAUAUGCAGGAAAUACGAAAUAUGGGUAACAAGGCUUUUCUUAUCCAGGUCUAUCGGAAACAUAAGUGGACUAAAGUUAGAUCAAGUGAUUUGGUUUCUGGCGACAUCGUUUCUUUAGGGCGAUCUUCUGACCAACAAACCGUGCCUUGCGACAUGGUAUUACUCAGAGGCUCGUGUAUUGUUGACGAGUCAAUGCUCACUGGAGAGUCCGUCCCUCAGAUGAAGGAACCUAUUGAAGAUCUCGAAAAGGAUAGAUAUUUCGAUAUUGAUUCUGACAGUCGUCUUCACGUUAUUUUUGGUGGAACUAAAGUUGUUCAGCACUCUCCCCCUGGUAUAUUUUCUAUGAUAGAAAUGGUCCAGAUAAUGGUUGCCUCUGGAAAUUGCUUAGGUUUGCACUUCUACUAUCUAUGGAUUGUAGGUGAUCAGGACGAAAAGCGCAAUAAAUACAAGUUAUUCUUGGAGUGUACGCUCAUAAUCACGAGCGUUAUUCCUCCUGAAUUACCUAUAGAACUGUCAUUGGCUGUCAACACAUCAUUAAUCGCUCUUCAGAAAUUAGGUGUAUUCUGCACUGAACCAUUUCGAAUUCCUUUUGCUGGUAAAAUUGAUAUUUGCUGUUUUGAUAAAACCGGAACCCUUACAACUGACAAUUUAGUUGUAGAAGGUAUUGCAUUCAGAACUGCUGAUUUGGUUCAAGAGAGCUGUUUUCAGGUUCUUGCGUGUUGCCAUAGCCUGGUCCGUUUUGAUGAUGAUCUAGUAGGAGAUCCCCUCGAAAAGGCAUGCUUAGCGUGGAGCGAUUGGUCGCUCACUAAAGGUGAGUCGGUUCUGCCACCAAAGGGGUCAAAGCAGCCUGGUUUGAAAAUCUUUCACCGUUACCAUUUUUCAUCUGCAAUGAAGAGGAUGACCGUAGUUGCUGGAUAUCAGAUCCCGGGAUCUCAGGAACCUAAAUUGAUCGUAGCAGUGAAGGGUGCUCCGGAAACACUCCGACCGAUGUAUGAAGUUAUCUCCGAAGACUACGACGAAGUUUUCACAAAUCUCACACGACAAGGUGCUCGAGUACUAGCAAUGGGAAUUAAGACUCUAACGCAAACAAGAGUGAGCGAGAUCCGCGAAGUCACACGCGAAGUACUGGAAAGUAAUCUACGGUUUGCCGGAUUUGUUGUGAUUUCAUGCCCUCUAAAGUCUGACACAAAGGCGAUGAUUAAAGAAAUUGUCGACAGUUCUCACAAGGUCGCAAUGAUAACUGGUGAUAAUGCGUUAACAGCUUGCAACGUGGCAAAAGUGCUGAAAUUCGUGAAGAACAAAGUGCCAACAUUGAUUUUAGACGAGCCACUAGAAAAAUCUGCAACAUGGAAAUGGAAGGCUGUGGACGAAUCAGUUGAAUUUGAUGUUGUUCCAUUCACAAAUAAGCAGCAGUUAAAGAAGUUUUUCAUGGAAAACGAAUUCUGUCUCACUGGGCCGGCUUUCUCGAAUCUGAUCGAAAAUAAGCACGAAUUCUUGCGUGAUCUCCUAAUGCAUGUGCGAGUAUUUGCCAGAAUGGCUCCUAAGCAGAAGGAACGUAUUAUAAAUGAAUACAAAUCUCUUGGAUGUAUAACCCUCAUGUGUGGAGAUGGAACUAAUGAUGUCGGUGCUCUCAAACAUUCCAACGUUGGUGUUGCCUUGUUGUCGCACCCAUACGAUGCUACAAAGACUGAGCAAAAAGAAAAAGAGAAAACUGAGGAGGCUCGUCGACUCACUCAUAGAGAUGGCAAUUUUCCCUCAGGAUUGCCAAAUUUCGUGAGUCGUCGUGGCGAAGUACCAAUUGGAGCACGGCCGAGAGGCACACAACAACCAUCGAUAAACGUACAAAGUAAGUUGGAAAAGCUUAUGAAGGAACUUGAUGAGGAAGAAAGAACGUCUGUUACAAGACUUGGAGACGCAUCCAUCGCUGCUCCGUUCACGUCCAAGUACACCAUAUGUCAUGUUAUCAAGCAAGGGCGUUGCACUUUAGUGACGACGUUGCAGAUGUUUAAAAUCCUUGCACUUAAUGCUCUCAUUUCUGCUUAUUCGUUAUCAGCGCUGUACAUGGAUGGAGUCAAGUUUAGUGACACCCAGGCCACCAUUCAAGGACUACUUCUUGCUGCUUGUUUUUUGUUUGUUUCUCGUUCUAAGCCUUUAAAAACGCUAUCUAAGCAACGUCCGAUGUCGAACAUCUUCAAUGCGUACACACUUUUUACCGUUGCCGGACAAUUUAUCAUACAUUUUGGUUGUUUAUUAUAUGUAGUAAAAAGUGCUCAUGAAGUGAAUUUGGAAUCGAAAUUUACUCCAAAUGUUUUGAAUACGUGCGUUUAUAUCAUCUCCAUGGCGUUACAAAUCUGCACUUUCGCCGUAAAUUACAGGGGUCGUCCAUUUAUGGAGUCUUUGCUGGAGAACAAAGCAAUGCUCUACAGUCUAUUGAUUUCGGGUUCUUCAGUUUUCAUGCUAGCUUUAGGUGCCUCAGAAGAAGUGAUGCACCAGUUUGAACUGGUAGCACUUCCCUCAGAGCUUCGAAAUGUCCUGGUGUACUGCGUUUCUUUCGAUCUUUUUGCUUGUUAUAUGGUCGAUCGAGUCCUGAACUUCCUGUUAGGUGAUAUGUUUUAA